UGUUUAUUGGAUAAUAUCCAUUUUUAUUUUCAAUUUUUUCAAUUUAUUAAAUAUGUUUUUCAUGUCUCUUUAGGAUAACAUACAAUAUGUGUAUACUAAAACUCCAAUAGUCUAGUGAUGUAACUGGUGAUUUAUUAAUGUUUUUAUACCAGAAGUUCAAGAUUUAGGUUCUGGAGAAGACGAUUUAUUAAACAUGUUGUUGAAUAAAAUAUUUGUCUACAAAUACAUUGUAAAGGUGAACACUGUCAAUAAGAAAGCAGUCAAUAGCUUCUCUCCUUACAUAUCCAUAUUAUUGCAGGAAAAAUGGAAACUAUAGCAGUUUUUGGUUCAAAACUUGGAUUUCAUCUUUCUCUUCCUUCUCGGAACAAUUUAUUUCUGCCUCCGAUAUUCAAAUUCCAUGGCUUUCCCCUGGCGGCAUUUCCAGAUAAGCCUAGACAGCAUGUUUGUUUGAAGACCACUACUAGUGCUAGUCCGACCUCUGAUGGUCAAUUAAGUAAUCGCAAGUUCAAGAAGUUGCCACCCUCUGAAUGGACUGAUCACUUUCACUCGGUUCCCCUGGAUGUCUCUGAAAUGGAUGCGCUCAAGAGAGAGAUUGAGACACUAAAGCCGAAAGUGAAGAACAUGUUCAUGUCUUCCCAAGGCACUGAGAGAAUCCUUAUGAUAUAUUUGCUGGUGAGCCUUGGUCUUGCAUACCACUUCGAGGACGAGAUCUAUGAUACAUUAAAAGAGAGUUUCACAAAGAUAGAGGAGAUGAUGGAUAACGAAGAAGAUUUGUACAUAGUUUCCAUCCAUUUUUGGGUUUUCAGGACAUACCGUCACCACAUAUCUUCUGAUGUCUUUACAAGAUUCAAAGAGAGCAACGGAGACUUCAAAGAAACUCUUAAAGAGGAUCCUAGGGGUAUAUUGAGCUUAUAAGAAGCUGCGCACUUGCGGACGAGGAAAGAUUAUAUACUGAACGAAGCAUUGAGCUUCAC